AUGGCAUCUUGCCCAAACCUGAUUCAAGACCUCCAGGAAGAACUCAUCUGCUCCAUCUGCAGGGAGUACUUCAAAGACCCAGUUUCAAUAGAGUGUGGCCACAGUUUUUGCCACAGUUGCCUCCUCAGGAGAUGGCAGGAAGCCACGACACCUCUUUCCUGUCCAGAGUGCAAGAAUGUCUCUCAGCUGAAGGAUUUCCAAACUAAUGUUCAUCUUGGGAGACUGGCAACCAUUGCAAAACAACUAAGACCUCAUCGUUUGCAGUACCCCGAAGGAUAUGGCAAGUGUCAGAAACAUCAGAAAAUGCAGAAGCUAUUCUGUGAGGAUGAUCAGAGUCUCAUCUGUGUGUCCUGUUCUCAAUCCCAGGAGCAUGAAGCUCACAAGCUCUAUUGCAUAGAUGAGGCUGCUGAGAACUUUAGGAGGAGGCUCCAAGAAACCAUAAUUCAUUUGUGGAGGAAAAUUGAGAAAGUUGUUAAGCAGAAGGCUAAUGAGAAAAUUAAAUUUGCACGGAAUAUGAAAGAAGUGUUAACCAGGAAUGAAUCUGUGCUACAGAAAGAAAUAGAAAACUUCCAUAUAAACAUGAUGCUCCAUUCCAUCCCUGGAAUUAUAGAAAGGAUUUUCAGUUUCAAAGUGGACAUCACUCUGGAUUGCAACACAGCUGAUCCAGGUCUCAUCAUAUCUGAGGAUUUGAAGAGUAUGAGAUACGGAGGUGUCCAGGCAGAAGUGUCCAACAACACCGGGAGAUUUGCAGAUUUUGCCAAAGUUCUUGCUAAUCAGUCCUUCAUUUCAACAAGAUGUUACUGGGAGGUGGAGGUGCCAAAUAACACUGGCUGGUGUGUUGGUAUCUGUAAAAAUUCUCAAGAUUUCUUUAUGCUUAUUACUGUACAGAAGCAUGAUCGCUACCUUCUUUAUGCCAUAGCCCAGCACAAUCUUUAUUCCCAAGUCCAUAAAAAAUACCGCCAGAUUAGUGUGCCCAACUUAAAGAUUGGCAUUUUCCUUGACUAUAAACGUGGAGAGAUAUCAUUUUAUCAUGUGAAAAAUAGAUAUCUAAUUUACACUUUCCCUAGCACUUCCUUCUCAGGACGACUCACACCCUUCUUCUGUGUUUCCAAGAAAGUCCUGGCAAAUGAUUGCUCUCUCAUGAUCUGUCCCUAA